CUCAGAGGCAGUGUGGAGAAUUAAGAUGCUCUGGUUUCAAGGAAAUAGCAUGCAACUUGCCAAACACUCCUUUCAACUGCUCUUGAGAAAUCUCUCUGCCUCAAAGACUGCUCUGCCUGUGCUGACCUUAUUCACAAAGGAAGAUGGCCGGCUCUGCCAAAUACUGCUGGUAGUUUGAAAGAAUGAAGUCUGAAAAUUGACCAAUGGAUUCGGCAACAUGAAGGUCAUUGGAACUUACGAGCAUUUUCAGAGAAAUGAUGAGGAGAAAGCUCUAGGGAGUUGGUCAAGAGAGGAUAAGAGGCGGGGGAAAAAUGCAUAACUGUGUUUUAGGUGUGUCUCUGUUUAAAGGCACCUUAUUUAAUGAACACUGUUGAUUCAUUACCACCGAGCUCAGGGCCAGCAGCAUCAUAACACGUACCUGAGCGAAGCUCGUCGGACACAGCACCUUCUCCCUAAGGCACAGCACAGCCUUCUUACGCUUAGAAACAAUGGACAGCACCUCAGCACUGCACUUGGGCUAUUUUAAAUGGCAGAAAAACACAAAAAUGCAAGAAUCAUGGCACUCAGUAGAUCAUGAUUUGGCCACCUGAUGUGAAGAACUGACUCAUUGGAAAAGAUCCUGAUGCUGGGAAGGAUUGAAGGCAGGAGAAGGGGACAACAGAGGAUGAGGUGGUUGGAUGGCAUCAUGGACUCAAUGGACAUGAAUUUCAGCAAGCUCUGGGAGUUGGUGAUGGACAGGGAAGCCUGACAUGCUGCAGUCCAUGGGGUCGCAAAGAGCUGGACAUGACCGAGCGACUGAACUGAAGUAGAUCAUGAAAAGGACACUUGUUUCCAGUGUGAGAGCUAGAAAGAGCUUCAUCUUGUUGCAACUCAGCUGAAAAUGUACACUUUGGGCACUCAGAUUUUUUACUGCCCUAUGCAACUGCACAUCCAUGAAUGACUGCAAAAGUUUGGGUGUUAAUUUUUAGGGUUACAAAUAAGUUUUAGUGACUAGAUGAAUUCACAGAUACAGAAUCCACAAAUAAUGAGGACUGACUUGUACUUAUUUUUUUAUCCCUAACACUAGUUUUAAGUCUAAAUUUGGCAAUAAGGAGUUCAUGAUCUGAGCCACAGUCAGCUCCCGGUCUUGUUUUUGCUGACUGUAUAGAGCUUCUCCAUCUUCAGCUGCAAAGAAUAUAAUCAAUCUGAUUUUGGUGUCAACCAUCUGGUGAUGUCCAUGUGUAGAGUCUUCUCUUGUGUUGUUGGACGAGGGUGUUUGCUAUGACCAGUGCAUUCUCUUGGAAAAACUCUAUUCGCCUUUGCCCUGCUUCAUUCUGUACUCCAAGGCCAAAUUUGCCCAUUACUCCAGGUGUUUCGUGACUUCCUACUUUUGCAUUCCAGUCCCUUAUAAUGAAAAGGACAUCUAUUUUGGGUGUUAGUUCUAAAAGGUCUUGUAAGUCUUCAUAGAACCGUUCAACUUCAGCUUCUUCAGCGUUACUGGUCAGGGCAUAAACUUGGAUUACCGUGAUAUUGAAUGGGUUGCCUUGGAAAUGAAUAGAGAUCAUUCUGUCGUUUUUGAGAUUGCAUCCAAGUACUGCAUUUCGGACUCUUUUGUUGGCCAUGAUGGCUACUCCAUUUCUUCUAAGGGAUUCCUGCCCACAGUAGUAGAUAUAAUGGUCAUCUGAGUUAAAUUCACCCACUCCAGUCCAUUUUAGUUUGCUGAUUCCUAGAAUGUCGACAUUCACUCUUGCCAUCUCCUGUUUGACCACUUCCAAUUUGCCUUGAUUCAUGGACCUAACAUUCCAGGUUCCUAUGCAAUAUUGCUCCUUACAGCAUCGGACCUUGCUUCUAUCACCAGUCACAUCCACAACUGGGUAUUGUUUUUGCUUUGGCUCCAUCCCUUCAUUCUUUCUGGAGUUACUUCUCCACUGACCUCCAGUAGCAUAUUGGGCACCUACCGACCUGGGGAGUUCCUCUUUCAGUAUCCUAUCAUUUUGCCUUUUCAUAUUGUUCAUGGGGUUCUCAAGGCAAGAAUACUGAAGUGGUGACAUUGUACAGGAGACAGGGAUCAAGACCAUCCCCAUGGAAAAGAAAUGCAAAAAAGCAAAAUGGCUGUCUGAGGAGGCCUUACAAAUAGCUGAGAAAAGAAGAGAAGCAAAAAGCAAAGGAGAAAAGGAAAGAUAUUCCCAUUUGAAUGCAGAGUUCCAAAGAAUAGCCAGGAGAGAUAAGAAAGCCUUCCUCAGUGAUCAAUGCACAGAAAUAGAGGAAAUCAACAGAAUGGGAAAGACUAGAGAUCUCUUCAAGAAAAUUAGAGAUACAAAGGGAACAUUCCAUGCAAGGAUGGGCUCAAUAAAGGACAGAAAUGUAUGGACCUAACAGAAGCAGAAGAUAUUAAGAAGAGGUGGCAAGAAUACACCGAAGAACUACAAAAAAGAUCUUCACAACCCAGAUAAUCACGAUGGUGUGAUCACUCACCUAGAGCCAGACACCCUGGAAUGUGAAGUCAAGUGGACCUUAGGAAGCAUCACUAUGAACAAAGCUAGUGGAGAUGAUGGAAUUCCAGUUGAGCUAUUUCAAAUCCUUAAAGAUGAUACUAUGAAAGUGCUGCAUUCAAUAUGCCAACAAAUUUGGAAAACUCAGCAGUAGCCACAGGACUGGAAAAGGUCAGUUUUCAUUCCAAUCCCAAGGAAAGGCAAUGCCAAAGAAUGCUCAAACUACUGCACAAUUGCACUCAUCUCACACACUAGUAAAGUAAUGCUCCAAAUUCUCCAAGUCAGGCUUCAGUAAUACAUGAAUUGUGAACUUCCAGAUGUUCAAGUUGGUUUUAGAAAAGGCAGAGGAACCAGAGAUCAAAUUGCCAACAUCUGCUGGAUCAUCAAAAAAGAAAGAGAGUUCCAGAAAAACAUCUAUUUCUGUUUUAUUGACUAUGCCAAAGCCUUUGACUGUGUGGAUCACAAUAAACUGUGUAAAAUUCUUCAAGAGAUGGGAUUACCAGGCCACCUGACCUGCCUCUUGAGAAACCUAUAUGCAGGUCAGGAAGCAACAGUUAGAACUGUACAUGGAACAACAGACUGGUUCCAAAUAGAAAAAGGAGUACAUCAAGGCUGUAUAUUGUCACCCUGCUUAUUUAACUUAUAUGCAGAGUACAUCAUGAGAAACACUGGGCUGGAAGAAGCACAAGCUGGAAUCAAGAUUGCUGGGAGAAAUAUCAAUAACCCUGGAUAUGCAGAUAACAUCACCCUUAUGGCAGAAAGUGAAGAGGAACUAAAAAGCCUCUUGAUGAAAGUAAAAGAGGAGAGUGAAAAAAUUGGCUUAAAACUCAACAUUCAGAAAACUAAGAUCAUGGCAUCUGGUCCCAUCACUUCAUGGCAAAUAGACGGGGAAACAGUGGAAACAGUGUCAGACUUUAUUUUGGGGGGCUCCAAAAUCACUGCAGAUGCUGAUUGCAGCCAUGAAAUUAAAAGACGCUUACGCCUUGGAAGGAAAGUUAUGACUGACCUACAUGGCAUAUUAAAAAGCAGAGACAUUACUUUGCCAACAAAGGUCCGUCUAGUCAAGGCUAUGGUUUUUCCAGUGGUCAUGUAUGGAUGUGAGAGUUGGACUGUGAAGAAAGCUGAGCACCGAAGAAUUGAUGCUUUUGAACUGUGGUGUUGGAGAAGACUCUUGAGAGUCCCUUGGACUGCCAGGAGAUCCAACCAGUCCAUCCUAAAGAAGAUCACUCCUGGGUCUUCAUUGGAAAGACUGAUGCUGAAGCUGAAACUCCAAUACUUUGGCCACCUCAUGUGAAGAGUUGACUCAUUGGAAAACACCCUGAUUGGGGGCAGGGAGGAGAAGGGGACGAUAGAAGAUGAGAUGGCUGGAUGGCAUCACUGUCUCGAUGGACAUGAGUUUGAGUAAACUCCGGGAGUUGGUGAUGGACAGGGAGGCCUGGCAUGCUGCGAUUCAUGGGGUCACAAAGAGUCGGACACGACUGAGCGACUGAACUGAACUGAACACUAGUUUUAAGUCAUAAAGCAAGUGUAAAUUUUUUAAGAGAUUUUUCCUGUAAAACUUAUAAGACAAGCAUUAUGGAUUUCCUUUUGCUAAUUAACAUUACUUUGUGUGAUUUAUAAUCAAAAAAGAAAGUGCUGGGUAACAGAAUAACUUUAGUGAAAAAUACUGCAAUUCAAACAAAAAAGGUCUCUUAUUUAAUAGACUUACUCAGAUUUCAGGCAUUUUAGCAAUUUGAAUAUAUCUGAAAAUUACCUAAUAAAAUUUUAAAGUUAAUUUCUUACUGAAAAUAAUCUUAACUACUUUUCAUAUUCAUAAUAAUAUAUUGCACUAUUAUGGAACAAAAAUAUUUCAUAAUCUGUGUCUACAUAUGAGAAAUGCAUGUGAAAAUUAACCACAAAAAUAAAAUAAUCCAUUAAGGUUAAUGGUGCUCAUUCAGCCUAACUAUUCUGCACAAUUUUUCAGUUUGAACAACAGCCAAGUAAGCCAAAAAAGAAAAUGAAGUCACUCAGUCAUGUCCUACUCUUUGUGACCCCAUGGACUGUAGCCUACCAGGCUCCUCUGUCCAUGGGAUUUUCCAGGCAAGAAUACUGGACUGGGUUGCCAUUUGCUCCUCUAGGGUGUCUUCCCGACUCAGGGAUCGAACCCGAGUCUCCCACAUUGCAGGCAGACUCUUUAUCAUCUGAGCCACCAGGGAAGCCUAAGUAAACCAACACAUGUGCCAAAAAAAAAAAAAAAAAUUCCACCAAUCUUCCAUUCAGCUUAAAACUUGUACUGAACCCUUCAUUUAUGUCAAUAGACAUACAAGAUAUUACUGUCACCUCCAGGAGUUCCCAGUUCUCUGAAAGAAAAAGUACAUAUCAGGUCUCUUCCAUUUAUAAAUAAUAGAAAGUACUUCCCAGAAUGGCUUAAACGAAAAAGGGAUUUUAGGGGUUAGUCUAGUUUCAGAAGUAGCUUGAUUCUGCAACUUAAGCAUAUUACCAAUCUCUUCAGCUCCACAUUCUCUGAGUUAAAUCAGUGCACACUCUGGCUCUUCAGAUGGAUAACUGCAGCAAUCCCAAUCCCAGAUCUCACAUUUCAGGUAUCUACAGAAACCUCAGCAAAAGCCUCACAUUAUCCAUUGUCUAUGACUGGCCAGUCCCUGAGUCAUCUGUAGUUGAAGAGCUAAGGUGUGUGUGUGUUAGUUGCUCAGCUGUGUCCAACUGUUUGCAACCCUAUGAAUCCUGCCAGGCUUCUCUGUCCAUGCAAUUCUCCAGUUAAGAAUACUGGAGUGCACAGUCAUUGCCUUCUCCAGGGGAUCUUCCUGACCCAGGGAUCAGACCCAGGUCUCCUGCAUUCUUUACCAUCUUGUCAUUUUUCAGUUCAUAGAUUUCUUUAAAAUUUGAUGAACAUUUCCUCAUAAAAAUACACACACUUGUGAUAAUUUGCCCAGACAUCCAUGGUCCCUGGGUUUAAAAAAAAAAAAAAAAAAAGUGAUCUUAGAUCUACUAAAGUUCUUUAUUAUAAAAGCAAGUACUUCUGCAAUUUCACUGGGUUUUGUUUUGCUUUUGCUUUUAAGAUCCUCUCUUGACUUUUUUGAACUUUUUCAGAAAAUUUUAAUGUGGUUAUCUUAAAAAUCACAGACUACCCAUCAUCUGUUUAUUAUAAUGCUAAUAAUAACAUAAUGAGCCGAAUUCUCUGAAGCAGGAAAAUAGGGCCAGAAAGACCUUUCGGAAGGAAAAUGUCUUUUGAUGAUCUGGGCUCUUAUUUCAAAAUAUGGUGAGUUAAGCUGGAGGAAGGGCCUCCAUAACAGCUCAUCGUUUUCUAUCCUGUUAAAAAGCAGGUUUUAUAUAAGCAUCAGUAUGGUAUCAGCAUGUUGAUAUGUAAGCAUCAGUAUGUUGAAUCUGUUUUUAGCUCAUACAAGAGAAUCUACAGUAGUCCUUGUUCACUGAGUCAGGGCCUCAUAAGCCUUUAAAAUCUGCCAGUGGUCCAUAGCAUUCUCAGGAGACGUCUCCUCUAGACAGAGUGCAAACAACAGCCAAGAAACUUGCUCGUACAGUGGAGUGACUCUGGGAAACCUACUGCUGACACUUAUAAUGAGAAAACUGGCAAAACAUUAAAGAGUUGGUAAAAUCAGCACCCAAAGUAAAGAGAUUUUUCCCUUCUAAAGACGGGGCAGUAACUAUCUAACUCCAUCCCACUGGGUUGUUAGGAAAAACAGGCUGGGGACUUCCCUGGCAGCCCAGGAGUUAGGACUCCAUGCUUUUGCUGCUAUGGGUCCAGGUUCAAUCCCUGGUCAGGGAACUAAGAUUCCUCAAGCUGCAUGGCAUGGCCAAAGAAAAAGAAAGAUAAAAUAAAUGGAAAAACAGGCUGGCAAAGCUCAGUGCCCCCUGUCAAAACAGAUUUUAAGAAAUUCUGGCAAUGUCAGCCAGGCCUAGAAGGUGCUCCUCAUCUAGGAAGGACAAAGCCCUAAAACUAUAGAUGUUUUGAAAAUGAUCUUCUCAGGUAUCAAUUAUACUAAGCCAGUAACAAGAAUAUAUAAACAUCUAAAUGUAUUGUGUGUACAUAUAUAUACACAUAUAUGCGCAUGUAUAUAUGUGUGUAACAUGUAAGCAUCAACAUUUAUUAGAUAAAUAUGCUUGUAGAGAAGAAAAUCAAAACACAAUUAAAAAUUGCCAAAAGCCCAUUUACCAUGAAAUACCAGCUAUUUAUAAGAUUCUGUAGCAGUGUUGCUUUGGAAAUAAAACAGUAUAAUUAACCUGGGAGAAAAUAGUCCUUUAAAUUAAGUAUAAUCUGCUUCUUGUGGCUUUUGUCAGGCUGAAUGCCAUUUCUCUGGGAUUAAUGGCUUUUUUCU